UGAAAAAUUAAAAUUUUGUGAAUAUUUUUAUACAAAAUGCAAACAUCUGUCAUAUAUUACUUAAAAAUCCCUUUCACUCCUUCGUCUCCCCCGUGCUAAAACCUCCCCACCACCCUCUUCUUCUACCUCCGCCAGCUCCGACUUCCCCUUCAACCCAGGUCAGAAUAUCAUCUACUCUCUCUCUCUCUCUCUCUCUCUCUCUCUCUCUGCCGAACUCUUCACCUCUAUGUUGGGUUUGGAGUUUGAACCCGCUUAAUCCAUCGAACAAGGAAUAUGUUAACGAAAUUUGGCACUAUAAGCUCCAAUAUAUGAACAAUGCAGUUUUACCCUAAUUUUUGUUUACCGUGUGUAUGUUGCCUGAUUGAAUAAGUAGACUUGGGGUCUAGAACUUUUUCACAGUUUCUUUCUUCUUCUCCUAGAAAUCGAUAUUGCUUCCACUCAUUUGUUGGGCGGCUUUUGAGAAUGAGAAUCCGUUUUGCUCGUCCAAAACCCUAAUUCUAUACCCUUACUGUUCGUAACAGCUAAAAGGAACGAAUGAUAUUGAUUGGUUAGUGUCAGCUCGUUUGUUUCCAGCAGUAAUAGGGAUGGUGGAUCCAUGGUGGUCGUUGCUAGGAGCAGCGAUUCCAGCCGUGAUUGCAGGCCAGGCUUUCAGGAUCAAGAAGAAGAGAGCCGAGGAGCAGAGGCUGAAGAGCGCCAGGGGCAGGGAGAAGAGCUCCGACGAGAUCUUUGUCUGCGAGAGGGUGUGCACUUCCAAGAGGAUGUUGAAGAAGAUGGGCGCCCUGUCGAAAGACCCGAUCGUCGACACUUGUGUCACAGUCUGUGGCGUUUCGGAGAUCGAUGCCUGUGCGGAUGCCUGUGCUCGAACCGUGUGUGUGAACCAGCACCAGGUUCCCAACUGGAAUGAUGUUUGCCUGAGGAGGUGUCAGAGCGAGUGCCUUAGGCUCUCUAAUACCUCUGCUGCUUCUUGAUACAUGGUUGUAAGAGGUUUUUUUUCCUCCUUGUACCUUGAUGAUAGCUUGCCUGCUAAAUCUUUUCAUCCUACUGAUGAAGCCACUUUCUCUGUUUUCUUCCGUUUUCCUCUGUUUUGAUUAACUGGUAAAUGAUAAUGGUGCUUUCACCAGGUUAGUUUAACUUGACCAUUUCUAUUUGCAAAACUGGUUAGUGAAGGAAUCGUUUUCUGAAUAGCCAGCCUCUCACAAACCAGAAGACGCUUGGGUGGGGGGAAAGCGCCUGAAUGUCGAAUGUUCUGCGCAUUUUAUUACCAGUUAGAUUGUUUGGGAGAUGUAGAGUGUGACUGUGUGAGUGUGAGUUGGCGGCAGAAACGUGUAUGCCGCCGGCUGAUGAGAGUUUGAAAGACCAGAGCUAAAAUUCCCAGUUAGCUGCCGGGGCUAAGGGGAGAGUUUCUGGGAUGAUGGAGCAGCCAACUUGUGUAAAUUUGGAGCACUUGCUUGUGCUAAUGAAGAGAUGAACAAAUA